CCAGAGAGAUCAGAGAUCAGAGCUUGAAGAUGUGGCUCAAGGAGCUGAAAGAUGCAGCCUAUGAUGCGGAUGAUAUACUGGACGGGUUUGAAGCCGAAGUCCUCCGGCAGCAAGUGGAGAGCGGCAAGCAGGUGAGCUUUUUAUCCUCUCUCAGUCCCAAUCAAGUUCUAUUCAAUCAUGAGAUCUCGAAAAAGAUGGCUGCGAUCCGAGAAAGGCUGGAUGACAUAGCGAAGGACAGGGACGACUUCAAGCUAGGAGAGUUGAGGGAUCAUGCAGGACAAGCAGAAGCAGUGGAGAGCCAAGAGUUCAGCAGCUCUCUCGUUGAUGAAUCUUGUGUAUUUGGUCGAGAGCAGGAUAAGGAAGAUGUAUUAGAAAUGCUGGUUGCUGAUGAUUCAAAUCAAGUUGGCCAUGGAAAUGUCUCGGCACUGCUAAUAGUUGGCAUGGCCGGGCUUGGGAAAACAACUCUUGCGCAGCUCGUCUACAAUGAUCCAAGAACAGGCAGCCACUUCGAUCUCAAGAUGUGGGUUCAUGUGUCGAAGGAUUUGGGUGUCAGAAGGAUCGCCAGAGAGAUCAUGGAAUCUGCUUCUAAGGGGAGGCAAUCCGAACUCGCGAAUUGGAAUAUGGUUCAAGAGAAUCUCAGAGGACAGCUGCAAGGAAAGAGGUAUUUGCUGGUACUGGACGAUGUCUGGAAUGAGGAUCGCAACCAAUGGGAGCAAGUAUUCCUCCCCUUGAUGCAUGGGAAAAGGGGCAGCAAGAUCUUAAUAACGGCACAAAACAAAAAGGUGGCAAACAUCACGGACGCGACUUCGUUGUAUUGUUUGGAGGGCCUAUCAGACCAAGAUUGCUGGCUGAUAUUUAAAAGAUUCGCAUUCGCAAAUGGAAACUCCAGUGGGCAUCCAAGAUUAGAGGAAAUUGGCAAGGAAAUAGUUAGCAAGAUUAAAGGCUUACCUCUAGCUGCAAAGAUACUGGGAGGCCUCCUGUAUUCCAAAGCAGAUGAAGACAGCUGGAGAACCAUCUUGGAGAGCGAGAUAUGCGAGCUGCCACCGCACAAUGCGAAAAACAUAAUGUCAGCUCUAAGAUUGAGCUAUCAGCAACUACCUGCACAUCUGAAGCAGUGUUUCGCAUAUUGCUCCUUGUUUCCAAAAGAACAUAAAUUCGAGAAAUCCAAGUUGAUCCAAAUGUGGAUAGCACACGGCUUCAUUCGACCUCAGGGAAGAAGACCAAUUGAAGAUGUUGGAAGCGAAUGUUUUAACAAUCUGUUGUGUAGAUCAUUCUUCCAACGAGUUGAGGAAAGCUACUUCAUGCACAAUAUGAUCCAUGACCUAGCACAAUCUGUUUCUCUUGAUGAAUGCUUUAAAGUAUGCAAUGGCAGGAUGCACAAGAUCGCUGAAAAGGCUCUUCACUUGUCUCUGGUUUCUGACAAUCUGGAGCCAACUGUAUUCAGCAACUUGCUAAAAUUCAGAAGACUGCGCACGCUCCUUUUCUUGCCUGACUGUAAGUCUGCAUUCGAUCACAUUCCUGAAGAGUUGUUUAUAAAGCUAAAAUACCUACGGGUGCUGGACUUGAGUCACAAUGACAUAAAAGAUGUGCCAAGUUCUAUCGGUAAUUUAAAGCAUCUUCGUUACCUGGACGUCUCUUACACAAGCAUCGCAAAACUACCUGAAACAACAGGAAACCUCCACAAUCUGCAAACUCUGAAGCUUGAAGCAUGCCCAGUUCGUGAACUACCGAAAAGCAUUACAAAAUUGAUCAACCUACGCCAUCUUAAAGCAAAUGCUGAGUCGAUUUCCACUGUAGCUGGAAUUGGAAGAUUAACUUUCCUUGAUGAGUUAGUGAAAUUUAAGGUACAUAAAGAGGGUGGACACAAGAUAGUCGAGCUAAAGGAUAUGUCAGAGCUUCAAAAGAUUCACAUUUCACAGCUAGAAAAUGUGAUCAGCAGGGAAGAGGCUCAAAAAGCUAGAUUGAAUGAUAAGAAGCGCCUUCAUAUACUGACAUUGGAAUGGACAUAUAUAACCCGGAGCAAUUCGAUAGACGAACUUCAUGGGGAAGUACUUGAAGGCCUUCAGCCGCAUAUAAAUCUGAGGGAGCUAAGCAUUUGGUAUAAUGCUGGCAGCAGGUCUCCAAGCUGGAUGAGAAACCACUUUCUCUUGAAUCUAGAAAUUCUUUGCCUUCGAAAUUGCAAAAAUUGGGAAUUCCUCCCCUCACUUGGACAGCUUCGCUUCCUCAGGUGUCUAGAUAUAAGUGGGAUGGAUGGAGUAAAGAAAGUUGAUCAUCACUUUUAUGGCACUGAAGCAGAUGGUUUCCCAUCUUUGGUGGAGUUGUCAUUUGAUGAGAUGCCGGAGUGGGAGGAAUGGUCCGGCACAGAGGGAGGACAAUUGUUUCCAAGCCUGCAAGAGCUUCUAAUCUUAUCCUGCCCCAAACUGCAGAGAAUGCCCCCACUCCCUAGUACAUUAGCAAGGUUGUGGAUAAGGAAAGUUGGAUUGGUUGCUCUACCAGAUCUAUGGGGAUGCCGGGGGAUAAAACCAAACAGCAAUUCACCAUCAUCACUUUCUAGCUUGGAGAUUACCGAGUGUCCUAAACUAACUUCCCUAUGUGACGGGUUUCUGCAACACAAUCUGAGAUCCCUUGAAAAAUUAACCAUCACUGAUUGUCCAGAGCUCGUCCAUUCCUCAGAGGAAGGGGGAUUACCUGCACUACUCAGCCUCAAAUCCCUGACUAUGGAGAAUUGUCCCAAGCUCACAGCAUUACUGGAGGAUAGGUUACCUUUGCUUGCGCAUCUCAAAAUCGGAGGCUGUCCAGAACUCAGAAUGAGAUGUCUGCAAAAUCUCACAUCUCUCUAUUCCUUGUCCAUUUCUGACUGUCUGAACAUAUCAUCUCUUCCAGAAAAGACAUUGUUUAACCUGACAGCACUCGAGGAACUGACAGUUAGUGGCUGCAGAGAACUAGCGAUGCUACAGUUUCGGGCUCUCACCUCCCUCAAGCACUUGACAGUAGAGAACUGUCCCAAGCUGAAGUCUUCUUCGCUUCUGCCAUCCUCGUCACUUGAAUAUCUUGAGAUUAACAACACUCCACUUGCAGGGCUCCUGCACAAUCUCACCUCCCUCUUGGCUCUGCGAAUCCAUAGUUGUCCCCAGAUGACAUCCUUUGCUGAAGAGGAGGAAGAGCUGCAAAAGCUGACAUCACUCCAAAGCCUACAUAUUUAUGACUGCGUAAAUCUCCAGUUUCUUCCAGCUGCAUUAUAUAGGCUUACCUCUCUUGAGCGCCUGUAUCUACAGAACUGCCCACAGAUCCAGUCACUACCAGAGAAUGGUCUACCUGGCUCACUUAACAUGUUGGAUAUCAGAGAUUGCCCCAUAUUGGAGGACCGGUGCAGGAAAGAUGCAGGCCCGGAUUGGCCUAAGAUUGCUUAUAUCCCUAAACUGGAUAUACUGACCAGCGGUGGGUCCCACGCAGCUAAUAAAACUGAAGAGAUGCUGGAAUUGCUAGCUUCCAUCAGUUCUGGUCCUGCAGUUGCUGAAAUUGGGGUGUAUGAUAGCAUCUUAUAUUGAAGAAACAGUUGAAAAGGUCAAAUUGCAGAGUCCAUCCCAUGGAGCAGGUUUUUCAUUAAUCUCCAAGCAUGAGUUUGAUUUGCCGCAUCAAGGUAACAUUCUACUUUUAUCUCUCAGCCACAAGAUGAUAUGUUUAAGGUGUCAUAUACUUCUUAUUGAUCUUAAUUGCUUGCUUGCUGAUUGGAAAGCCUUUGACGAUCAAUGGUUUUUCUUCUCUAUCGCUUGUUUUCAUGGAAGCAAAAGUCUAAUGCUUUGUCUUAUCGAUAGAUUAUGUUAUGCUGUCAGACGUGUCGAAUUUGCAAGAUAUCAUGUCAUCGUUUCUUUUCUUUCUUUUUUUUUUGUUACACAAGAUGUCAUGUCAUUAAACAUCGUUCGGAUCAGAACAAAUACAGAUAUUACAUUUACUCG